AUGACCAGAAACCAGAAUUGCCACAACCAGACGGCUCAUAUCUGGACCAGGGAGCUGGUGCUUUCUUUGGGCAUCCCCCACAUCAUCAUGACCAUCAUUUCUGUGGUCUUCAACUCUGCUGUCAUCUUGGCCGUCAUGUGCGCCAAGGAUCAGCAGAAGCCCAUCUUCCUCCUCUUCUGCAACCUGGCCCUCUCUGACCUCCUCUCCAGCGCCUCAGGCUUCUGGGUUGCCCUCUUCUUCAUGCGCGAUCCUCAGAGCACCGUGGUCGGCUCCCGCAAGAUCCUCCGGCUCUAUGCCUUCUACGCCGUGCCCAUCCUUGCCACCAUCUACAACUUGGUGGCCAUUGGCAUCGAGCGGUACUUGGCCCUGGCUGAGAAGAGGUGGGCGAGGCGACGUAUCACCCGAAACCAGGUGUUAGGCAUCGUGUUGGCGAUCUGGUUGGUGGCCCUCUUCCUCGGCUUCAUGCCCUUGAUGGGGUGGAACUGCUUGGGCACGGACAACGUCUCAACCCUCUACAGUCCACUAUGCGUCGGCUAUCUUGCCUUCAUCACUAUCCCCCACAGCACCGUCUCCUUCAUUAUCCCGUUCUUCACUUACUUGAGCAUCAUCCUAUUCUUGAGGAAGCACAAGGUCUCCAUGGGUGCGUUGGGUCAAGCCCGUUCGGUUGGCCGCCUCGCCGAGAUCCAAGUGGCGCGGACCAGCAUCCUGAUCUGGAUCACGGCCUUGCUAUCAUACAUGCCUUUCUUCGUGGCCGUGGUGCUCGACUUGGCCAUGCCGCACUGCCCCACAGACCUCCCGCUCGGCAUCUACAUCUUCCGGAACCUGACUUCCACAAUGAUUGCCAUCAAUUCGUUGGGGAACCCCAUCAUCUACACGCUCAAUGUGAAACGGUUGGGCCGCAUGAUCAAGGCCUUGAAGCAGCCUUCCAUCAAUCGCAUUGAUGUUCAGGUCGUUGAGAAGAUGUGA